AUGACAGACCAAUCAGUAGGCGGCUUUUCCACAGCGACUCUCGCGCAAAAGCCUCGCGAUGACUCGACCGAUCCUCCUACACCCGCACACAUUGUGUUCAGCGGAAAUAUCUCCACGAAACUGCCAGCGAAUCGACCAGAUAUCCAGAGGACAGGUUAUGCGGCAUGGCGAAAUCAUGACCGAGGACGAACACUAUUCGGCGAGCUCUUCUGGAAUGUCGACUCCUACAUGUAUCUGGCGUUACGGGUGAAAAGCGACGGACGGAAAUACUUCGUCAAUAUCCAAACGGACUCGAUUGUGGAAUCAGACAUUCAUCAGCAUCGGCUGUACACGAAAUAUCACAAGGGCGCAGAAGGGCCGAACAGUCCAGCGCAAUGGGAGACUGUUUGGAUCAAAUUGCACGAGUUUGUACGCACGAAUCAUGGGAUUGUCACAGAGCCGCAAUCGGAGAUGCUGCGGCACAAAGUCAAGAGCUUUGGGAUAGGCUUGAUCGAUAGACAGCCGGGUCCAUUCGAGCUUGGCAUUGCUGCUAUGUGGGCUACGAACUUGAAUGAGAGGGGCCAGGUUGACGGACGGACGGGGUGGGAAGAGGGCGACCAAGGCAGUGCAAGACUUAGCGAAGUCACGCUGGAGAAGCUAGAACAGAAGGCCGAAGAGAGGAGGAACAUGCCAGACCAGAAGAAGAGCUUCCGGGAACGAGUGCCACAUUUUGGCAAAGUCGGCACAGGAGACACGAAGGCGUUUCGGUGA